AUGUCGAAAGUCGUGCGCAGCGUGAAAAACGUUACAAAGGGCUAUUCCGCAGUCCAGGUGAAAGUCCGAAAUGCGACGAGUAACGACCAUUGGGGCCCCACGGGGACUGAUAUGGCAGAGAUUGCGUCAAUGACGUUUGGCAGUCCGACGGACUUCUACGAGAUCAUGGAUAUGUUAGACAAGCGACUUAAUGACAAGGGCAAGAAUUGGCGGCACGUUCUUAAGUCGCUGAAGGUUCUUGACUACUGCCUUCACGAAGGGUCGGAACUUACUGUCACAUGGGCUCGGAAGAAUGUUUACAUCAUUAAGACCCUGCGCGAGUUCCAAUAUGUCGACGAAGAAAGCAGGGAUGUUGGUCAGGAUGUUCGUGUUGCUGCGAAAGAACUUACCGCACUUAUCCUGGAUGAAGAACGACUGCGCAGUGAGCGAUCCGAUCGCAAACUGUGGAAGUCCCGUGUGGGCGGACUCGAUGAUUACCAUGGCGGUCAUGGGAACGGAGUGUCGCCACGUCGCCCAGAGCGUCGCCGGCGCCCCGGCAACGAGGACGACGAUGCGGAGUAUCGCCUGGCGAUCGAAGCAAGCAAACACGAAGCGGAAGAAGAGCGCCGGCGGCGAGCAAAGGCCAAUGGGGAAGAUAAUGAUGAGGACCUCGCGAAAGCGAUCAAACUGAGCAAGGAGGAAGAAGAGCUUCGCAGACGUGAGUUGGAGGAAAGUAACGCCCAGUCUCUAUUUGAUGACAGCACGCCUGCGCCGCAGCCUCAACCUACUGGUUUCAACCAGGGAUACCAGCAGCAGGGCGCAGUCGACUGGUUCGGAAACCCAAUCAACCCCCAGCAGCCCUUGACGACGGGCUACUUGAACAACCAAUACGCAAACCCGACCGGAUUUCAGGGACAGAACACCGGAAUGCCGAACGGAUAUACCAACGGUUUCCAAGCACAGCCCACAGGUUACAACCAGAACCCGUAUGCUCAGAACAAUUUCUUGCAGCCGCAGGCUACCCUUCAGCCACAGGCCACCGGCUUCAGCACGAACAAUCCUUGGGGGACGACGGAUGUGUUUUCUCAGCAACAACAGCAGCAGCAGCAACCGCAACAAGAUAAUAUGCUAUCUCCUGGUUCCAACAACCCUUGGGCCAGCAACCAGCCGGAUAGCCUGAAACCCAUGCCAACCGGCUCUAACAACCCAUUCGCCCGUACCCAACAAGUACAGACACCUAGGCCCGCAACAUCUGGCGCGCCAUCUCUGAACACUUUGUCAGAGGAUCGGGCGACGAACCAAUUCUCUAACCAGUUCUCAAACCAAUACUCAUCGCCGAACCCCAUCGCGAACUACCAGGCUCCUCAGCCAACUCAACAACCGCAGCAGAACUUGGCGCCACCUAAGCCCCAGCCCCAGAUGGACCCCCACUCUGCUCGUCUAAACGCGCUCUUGGCUACUGGAGAUGGCCAGGAUACCUUCGGUAACACCGGAGACCUGCGUAUUCCCGCGCAACACACUGCGCCCGGAACAUUCGUCAACUCUGCAGGUCAAGGUUUGGACCGGUUAAGGGCCAACCAAACCGGAAAUAACCCGUUCUUUGGCCAGCAGCAACAGCAACAGCAGCAAUUUGUUCCCCAGCAGACUGGCUAUCUUCAACAGCCCAGUAACCCGUGGGGAGGACAGCAGCAGCCACAACAGGGUGGUAGUUUGAUAGAUUUGUAA